AUGCUUCAGAACAUAACGUUUCGUCGUGCCACGGGGGCUUUGCUGGCCGGCCUUCUCGUGCUAGCAUCGGCCCCGACCGCCUCGUGGGCGGCCGCCGUCGACCGCCGCCAGUCCGCCGCCAUGCAGGUCGCCAAGAUUGCGUCCGUCGAGAACAUUGCCGUCCGCAGCAACGGCCAGAUCCUCGCGACCAACAUGAACAGCGCCACUCUCUACAGCGUAGACCCCGUGGCCAAAACGUCGGCAACGGCCGUCGUCGUCACGGGCGCGUCCGGGCUCAGCGGCAUUGGCGAGGUCGCGCCGGAUGUCUUUGCCGUCAUCGGGGGCAGCGGCAAGGCCGUUUACAAAGUCGACUUUACGUCCGGCACGCCCCGGGCGUCCCUCAUCAAGGCGAUCAAGGAGGCCAGCAACCUCAACGGCCUGGCCGUCUUCGACAACGACACGGUGCUUGUCGCCGACGCCGGCAAGGGGAACGUCUACCGCUUCUCGGUGUCGACGGGCGCCUACUCGGUGGUGCUGACGGACCCGACGAUGGCGCCGUCCGGGGGGAUCCCCUUUGGCAUCGACGGCAUCAAGUACAAGGACGGCGUGGUGUGGUACACCAACAUCUUCAAGAACUCGUUCCACAAGGUGCCCGUUGACCCGGUCACGGCCAAGGCUACGGGGGCCGUGGUGACGCUGUGGUCGAACCUCAUGGGCGACGACCUCUGCUUUGGACCCAACGGUAAGAUUUACGUGGCCACCAAUGGCAAGAACUCAGUCGUCGAGGUCGAUCCGGCUGUCGGCAAGCCCAACCAGGUGGCCUCCGUGACGGGCUCGACAUCGUGUGCUUUUGGUCGUACCGACAAGGACAAGGAUGUCAUUUACGUGGGUGGCGGCUCGGGUGUGUAUUCGCAAACAAUCAAGCUGUAA